GGACAGACGGGCUGCGGGGGAGGGCGAUGUCCCGGUCCUGUGCAGUUCCCGCGUUCCCGUUCUUGUCCCGUUGCAACAUGGCCCUGCGGAGGGUGCUGGCGCUGGCGGCAGCCCUGGGGCGCCGCAGCUGCUGCUCCAAGCCCCCGCUGCCCCCCGACUUCGUGCAGGCCCUGAGGGCCGUGGUCGGGGCCCCCAAUGUCUCCACGGCCACCGCGGUGCGGGAGCAGCACGGCCACGAUGAGUCCAUGCACCCCUGUGCCCCCCCGGACGCCGUGGUGUGGCCCCAGGCGGUGGGGCAGGUGCAGGAGCUGGCAGCCCUGUGUCACCGCCGCCGGGUGCCCAUGGUGCCCUUUGGCACUGGCACCGGCCUGGAAGGAGGCGUCAAUGCCGUGCAGGGCGGUGUCUGCUUUGACCUGAGCCGCAUGGACGCCAUCGCAGAGCUGAGCCUCGAGGACUUCUCGGUGUCCGUGGAGCCCGGUGUCACCCGCAAGACCCUCAAUAAGCACCUGCGUGGCACCGGGCUCUGGUUCCCUGUCGGUACCGUGGGCAUGGGGAGAGUCAUGGGGCUGGGGGUGACAUAAUGUAGGGUGUGGUGAUGAGGACACACUUGAGGAGCUGCGGACUGUGGCGUGUCCAUAGGUUUGGUGAUUCCAGGGCAGCAGCAGAGGUACCUCUCGGACCAAGGCUGCCAUGGUUCCUGAGGUUUUGGAAGGGAUGGAUAGCCAGGACCAGGAAUGCUUGGUAUCACAUGCUACCAUCCUCUCUGCCACACCAAACCCAUAGGUCCCAUGGUGACCAUGGCCCCUGGCAUGAUGAUAAGGGACACUCAUACUGCUUCUGGUGCUAUGUGGCCUCAGUGCCCUGCACUGCCACCCCCAAUCCUCAUUUCCCCCCAACCUUCUUAGGCCCAUCCCUUGUGUCCCAUUACCCCUCCAUGCACCAGCAGUCUCCAAAGCAUAGAAGAUCUUCUAGGAGGGCAGGAUCUCCCCAGCCCUGCCACAGGGCCUCUCCCUCACCCCAGCAGGCACACACAGAUACCCAGGAGAUAAGGGGUGUUUUCUAGGCAAGUCUUUAUACUGCUGAGGGACUUGGGGCCAAGUUUUGAGGGGGCUGCCAAGCUGCCAUGUGGUAGCUCCGGGAACCAGCGGAAGCUUCCCCUGUGUUCAAAAGGCACCAAUUUUGGUUCACGUUUCAGUUACAGCUGGUACUGUAGCACAACCCGAGAUGUGAGAACGCACAAGUUA